CUUAAUUUGUUACUAGAAAGCUCCUCCAUCCAAUCGACUAACUAUGUGCGUCCUAUUAUUUAACAGCGAAGCAUCGGCGUUGGCUUUCUUCAGUACUAAUCCUAGUGACAGGCAGCGCUCCCGAAAUUUGCACCAGCAAAGGAUACAGAGAAUCCCGGCUCCGGCGACGAGGAUGGCGGAGGAGAAGCUUUACCCGAAAGUGAGUUGGGAGUACGAGAAUGCGGUGGCGAAAUGCAAGCGGAAGCUCAGAGGCCUCGUCGCCGAGAAGCACUGUGCUCCAAUCGUCCUCCGAUUAGCAUGGCACUCUGCUGGAACGUUCGAUGUUGAGACGAAGACGGGCGGGCCGUUUGGGACAAUCAGGCAUGGGGAGGAGCUAGCCCACGAAGCCAAUAGUGGGCUGGACAUAGCAGUUUGGCUUUUAGAGCCCAUCAAGGCCCAGUUCCCCAUCUUGACCUACGCUGACUUCUACCAGUUGGCCGGAGUUGUGGCCGUCGAGAUCACCGGAGGGCCAGAGGGCAGAGAUUCCGUUCCAUCCCGGAAGACCAGUUUGUGACUUGCCCCUAACUGAAUUUGCGUUUUGAAGGAAAAAAUCUAGUUUGAGAUUUUACACGUUGUUAUGAUAUGUUAUGUUGCUAUCAGGAUAAAUCUGAACCCCCACCAGAGGGACGCUUGCCUCAGGCUACUCAAGGUAAUUAAUUGUCUUUCAUUUACAGUAAAAUUAUGUUUUCUUA